UUUUUUACUCGUUCAGUUGGUCAACUUUACUUUAACAGAACACAAGUGAAAAUGACACAUGUAGAUUUUGGGACCCACUUUCCAUCCGGUCAACUCAUUGAUAAAGAUGGGGGCUGUGAGCUUCAACCUGAAAAUUAUGAAUAUAUAGGGCUGUAUUUCUCCGCUCAUUGGUGUCCACCUUGCAGGGGUUUUACACCUGAUCUUAAGAAACUGUAUGAAACAAAGUCUGAUGAAGACGGGAAAAAACUACAGAUAGUAUUUAUCAGCUCAGAUCGGGACGAAACCAGCUUUAGUGAAUAUUUUGGAGAAAUGCCGUGGAUUGCACUGAAAUAUAAUGAUAGAGAUGGAAAGGCAAAAUUAUCAAGCUUGUUUGAAGUAACAGGCAUUCCAACACUCGUGAUACUUGAUAAAAAUGGAGAUUUAGUAACUAAAGAUGGGCGGUCAGGAGCGUCUGGUUGUAACUCAGCUGGUGACUUUGUUAAAUGGUGCCGGAAGCAGAAGAAGUAAAAAAUACCAGUCAUUGACUGUUUUAGAGUAAACAUUCAGUCAAGCACUACUUUUUUAUUAUAAACAUUUUGAUGUACAAUGUAUUGUGUUUUUAUGGUCUGUUUACACACUUUUGACACGUCGACAUAGAAGAAGAAGAGGAAAAGUUUAUUUCCAACUUGUACAAAUAGAGUACCUCGUUACUUCAAGUAUAAAUAAAAUAUACAUACAGUAUAAAAAUGAUAAAUAAAAUGUCUAUAACAGGAGGAAAUAAUAACAACAAAUCA